AGAGAGAAAGAGUAACUGUUAAUCUCUCUGUUCAUUUCAACUUGUGCUCUCUUUUAUUAUAAUUGUAUUUUCAUUUGAUUUAAUUGUUAACUGCGAACUAUUUGAUUAGUACUGAACCAAUUUGGAUAAGGUAUUCACUUACUGAUCUUCUCGAAUUUCUAGAGAGAUGGUUCAGCAUAAUUGUUCGUCUUCACCUCUUACUCUUUCCUCUGAUUCUACUACGUCUUGUACUUCAUCAAAAUAUCAUCACAGUCUCUUUGAUCCUAAUGAUGAACGGGAAGCUUGUGGUGUUGGAUUUAUCGUCAAUAUUAAUGGUCAACCCUCUCAUCAGCUUCUUCUCGAUGCCCAAACCAUUAGUAAACGUAUGGAGCAUCGAGGUGCUUGUUCAUGCGAUAAUCUUACCGGUGAUGGUGCUGGAUGUUUAGCAUCAAUUCCUCAUGAGCUUUAUUCUCGUGUUCUCAAAGAAACUCAUGGUAUUGAACUUCCACCUUUUGGUAAAUAUUAUUCUGGUCUCAUCUUUAUUGGUGUUUCAUCGUCUCCUCAAAGUGAAAAACGAUUCAACGAAUUGGCUGAAAGCCUUGGAUUUAAGGUUAUCUGCUGGAGAGAUGUGCCAAAAAAUAAUAGCUGCUUGGGUGAAGUAGCUAAAGCAUCCGAGCCCCUCGUUAAACAGGUAUUCCUUAUCUCGACUCGAAAUGAUUCAGGUGAUGAUGAUGAGGCCACUGAUCGUCGGGUUUACCUUCUACUUAAAUGGUCUGGUCGUGUUCUUUUAGAAGAAGGUUUGGAUUUUUACAUUUGUUCACUUUCUCGUCGCACAAUUGUCUAUAAGGGACAAUUUACUCCACCCCAAUUAUGGGAUUAUUAUAAAGAUCUUUCAGAUCCACAAUUUAAAUCUUACCUUUGCCUGGUUCAUGCUCGUUUCUCAACAAAUACUUACCCAAAUUGGGCUCGCGCUCAUCCCUUAAGGUUAUUGGCUCAUAAUGGUGAGAUCAAUACACUCAGAGGAAAUGUCAACGCAAUGAGAGCCCGUGAAGGUGUAAUGAAAAGUACCCAAUAUGGUAAAGAUUUAAACAAAUUGUAUCCUGUGGUUGAACCUGGUGUUUCCGAUUCUGGUUCCUUUGAUAAUGUUCUGCAAUUCAUGGUGAUGGCUGGUAAUCGUAGUUUACCGGAAGCGAUCAUGACAAUGGUACCCGAAGCCUGGCAAAAUGAUGAUCUCAUGAACAUGGACAAAAAAACCUUCUACCGAUGGUCAGGUUGUACCCUAGAACCUUGGGAUGGUCCAGCUUUGUUAACCUUUACUGAUGGACGUUACAUCGGAGCGAUUUUGGAUCGUAAUGGACUUCGACCUUCAAGAUACUAUGUGACAAACGAUGGAUUCGUAGUGAUGGCAUCCGAAGUUGGUGUUCUUGAUAUUCCACCGGAAAGAAUCGCUGCCAAGAGUCGUUUACGUCCAGGUAGAAUGCUUCUGGUUGAUACACAACAGCAAACUCUAGUCAAAGACGAAGAAAUUAAAUUGAACAUAGCCAAUGCUCGACCUCUUUCGAACUGGCUUCAGGAAAUGUUUACUUUGAAAGAGUUGCGAGAAUCCGCGGCCAACGAAUUUCAAGGAGCCGAUGCAACCGUCAGGCGUCGAGCUGUUUUCUUGGAUGGUUUGGCUCGAGGCGAUUCUCUUGUUGGUCGAGCUCAAGUAUUACAAGAUCGACGUUUGGCUCUAUUCGGUUAUACAACUGAAACUAUUAAUUUCCUCGUUUUACCAAUGGUUAAAACGCAAAAAGAAGCACUUGGUUCUAUGGGCAAUGAUGCUCCAUUAGCUUGUCUUUCAUUGUGCCAGCCUUUGUUGUACGAUUAUUUCAAACAACUUUUCGCUCAAGUUACUAAUCCACCUAUUGAUCCAUUCCGUGAGAAAGUUGUCAUGUCUUUGGCAUGUCCGGUUGGACCAGAAUCAAAUCUCCUCGAGCCCAGUGCAGUUCAAUGUCGACGGUUAUGGCUUGAACAACCAAUCUUAUCCAUCACAGAAAUGGAGAUAAUUAAGAAAACAUCUUACAAGGGUUGGCACUGUAAGACCAUUGAUUGUGUCUACCCCGUAAUCGAGGGUAAAGCUGGUCUUUUAAAGGCAAUAAACUCCAUUUGCGAUGAAGCUUGUCUUGCUGCUCGAAGCGGCUACGCAAUUAUUGUACUUUCCGAUCGUAAAGCGAAUCACGAUCUUGUCCCUGUCAGUACUCUUCUGGGUUUGGGUGCUGUUCAUCAUCAUCUGAUUAAUGAAAGACAGAGGAUGAAGGUUGGUCUUUUCCUGGAAACAGGAGAAGCUCGUGAAGUUCAUCAUAUGACUGUCCUUUUGGGCUAUGGUGCUGAUGCCAUUUGUCCGUAUCUUGUUUUUGAGACAAUGGCAACACUUCGAGAGGAAAGAUUGUUAUCCCUUUCGGAUUCCGAAAUUUUCGAUAACUAUGUUGCUGCCAUGGAACGAGGUAUUGCCAAAGUCAUGGCAAAAAUGGGUAUCUCAACGUUACAAAGUUACAAGGGAGCUCAAAUUUUCGAGGCUCUUGGUGUCGCUGAAGAAGUGAUUGAUAAGUGUUUCAAAAAUACACCCUCACGAAUUGGUGGUGUUAAUUUUGACAUUCUUGCUGAAGAAGCUAUCGAACGUCACAAUAUCGCUUUCUCUCCUUCAUAUACUGCAGACUCACUGAUAUUGAGAAAUCCUGGUUUCUACCAUUGGAGAAGUGGUGGAGAAAAACAUCUCAACGAUCCAUUGGCCAUCGCUAAUCUUCAAGAUGCUGCUCGUUCUAACUCACCACAAGCUUAUAAAACUUUUGUCCAAUGGACUCAAGAAGCAGUCCGAGGUUGUACACUUCGAGGUCAACUAGCUCUAGUCUAUACUGAUAAACCUGUUCCAUUGGAUGAAGUUGAACCAGCCGCCGAAAUUGUCAAACGAUUUUGUACUGGUGCAAUGAGCUUUGGUUCAAUUUCAUUAGAGGCUCAUCAGACUCUUGCAAUUGCCAUGAAUCGUGUUGGUGGAAAGUCAAACACUGGUGAAGGUGGAGAAGAUGCUGAUCGAUGGGUAAUCAAAGAUCUCAACAAUAAUCGUCGAAGUGCGAUUAAACAAGUAGCUUCUGGUCGGUUUGGUGUUACUGCUGCUUAUUUGGCCGCUGCUGAUGAACUUCAAAUUAAAAUGGCUCAAGGAGCUAAACCAGGAGAAGGAGGUGAACUUCCUGGACACAAAGUAUCCAAAGAAAUUGCAGCAACUCGUCACUCAGUUCCAGGAGUCGGUCUAAUCAGUCCACCUCCUCAUCACGAUAUUUAUUCUAUUGAGGAUUUAGCUGAACUUAUCUAUGAUCUUAAAUGCUCCAAUCCGGAUGCACGUAUCUCAGUUAAACUUGUCUCGGAAAUGGGAGUUGGAAUUGUCGCCGCUGGUGUGGCAAAAGGAAAAGCUGAACAUAUAACAAUCUCAGGUCAUGACGGAGGAACCGGUGCUAGCUCAUGGACUGGUAUUAAAGGCGCUGGUCUUCCUUGGGAACUUGGAAUCUCAGAAACUCAUCAAGUUCUUGUUGCUAACGAUUUACGAUCUCGUGUCGUUUUACAAGCUGAUGGACAAAUAAGAACAGCUUUUGAUGUUAUUGUUGGUGGUCUGUUGGGAGCUGAUGAAUUUGGCUUCUCAACAGCCCCACUUAUUGUCUUGGGUUGUACUAUGAUGCGAAAAUGUCAUCUUAAUACUUGUCCUGUUGGUGUUGCCACUCAAGAUCCCGUGUUGAGGAAAAAAUUUGAAGGAAAACCUGAACAUGUAGUCAAUUAUUUGUUCUUAUUGGCUGAAGAAAUUCGAGAAGAAAUGGCUAAAUUGGGUGUUCGAAAGUUUAAUGAUCUUGUUGGUCGAACUGAAUUGUUACGCUUUAAUCCCGAUUCUAAAAAUCCUAAAGCCCAAUUGCUCGAUUUCAAAACAAUCCUUUGUAAUGCUCUUGAUCUGCGGGCGGGUACAAAUAUUAAGGGCGGUAGUUUGAAGCAAGAUUUUGAGUUAGACAAACGUUUAGAAAAUUAUCUAAUUGAAAAUUGUAAAUCCAUUCUAGAUGGAACCUCAAUGGAACCUCGUAAAUUUAAUUUACCAAUUGUUAAUCAAGAUCGGGCUUUUGGGUCUACAUUGAGUUACCAUAUAGCAAGAAAAUUUGGUGAGGAAGGCUUAGCUAAACCUGAUCUGAUCCAUGUACAAAUUAGUGGAUCAGCAGGUCAAAGUUUCGGUGCUUUUCUAGCUCAUGGAAUUACCCUUGAACUCGAAGGGGAUUCCAAUGAUUAUGUUGGUAAAGGUUUAUCUGGUGGUGAGAUAAUUGUACGGCCAAGCAAAAAUUUACCCGAAAAUUUUAAGUCCGAAGAAAAUAUUCUAGUCGGUAAUGUUUGUCUUUAUGGUGCCACUUCUGGUAAGGCCUUUUUCCGUGGUAUAGCUGCUGAAAGAUUUUGUGUUCGUAACUCGGGUGCCAUUGCAGUGGUUGAAGGUGUUGGAGAUCAUGGAUGUGAGUACAUGACUGGUGGUCGAGCGAUUAUUUUAGGAGUUGUGGGUCGUAAUUUCGCCGCUGGAAUGUCCGGUGGUUUAGCUUAUGUUUACGAUGUUGAUGGUAAAUUCCAAGGUAAAUGUAAUAUGGAAAUGAUUGACCUGUAUAAACUGGAGAAAGACGAAGAUAUCGAUUUCGUUGCGAAAAUGUUGACCGAAUUUGUCCAGAAAACGGAAUCAGCUGUUGCUCAACGAAUUCUAUCCAAUUGGGAAGUAGAGAGAAACAAUUUUAUCAAAGUUUUCCCUAAAGAAUAUCAACGAGCUUUGGAACAGUUGAAAAAAGAGGAAACGGAAAAGGUUAAGCAAGAGGAAGAUAAAAAAUCUCCUCCUCCUGCAACUAAGGUUGAAGAUAUCGAAGAUUCUAUCAUCGAUAACGGUAAAUUGGACAAAGUAAGAGGUUUCAUGAAAUACAAAAGACUGAAAGGUUAUUAUCGAGAAACCAGUAAACGAUCAAAGGAUUGGAAUGAAGUAUUCGAUUUUAAUUACAUCAAAGAAAAUGUUCGAACUCAAGCAGCUCGAUGCAUGGAGUGUGGUGUACCUUUUUGUCAGUCGUCUCAUGGUUGUCCUCUUGGUAAUAUUAUACCAAAAUGGAAUGAUCUUGUCUAUCAGAAUGAUUGGCAAGAAGCAAUUAAUCAACUUCUUCAGACAAACAAUUUCCCUGAAUUUACUGGUCGAGUGUGUCCAGCUCCAUGUGAAGGAGCCUGUGUUCUGGGUAUCAAUGCACCCGCCGUGGCAAUUAAAAGUAUUGAAGUGUCCAUCAUUGAGAAAGCAUUUGAAAUGGGCUGGAUGAAACCGAUGCCACCUCUUUCACGGACUGGUAAAAAAUGUGCCAUCAUCGGUAGUGGACCAGCGGGUCUCUCUUGUGCUCACCAAUUGAACAAAGCUGGACACUCGGUAACUGUUUAUGAAAGAAAUGAUAGAGUGGGUGGACUUUUACAAUAUGGUAUUCCAACGAUGAAAUUGAGUAAGAAAACUGUUCAAAGGCGAAUUGAAUUAAUGACUGCCGAGGGAAUCAUGUUUAAGACCAAUUGUGAUGUUGGUAAGACAAUCAGUGCUUCUGAUCUUAUUGAUCAAUAUGAUGCACUUUGUGUUGCCACUGGAGCUACUUGGCCUCGAGAUUUAAAUAUUCCUGGACGAGAGUUGAACGGUAUCCAUUUCGCAAUGACUUUCCUUGAGACUUGGCAGAAGCAACAAAUGCCCGGUAUACUUGCGACAAAUAGCAACAAUAACAAUACCUACAGUGUUAAUAAUCCUUCACUACCCAAGCCGACAAUCAGCGCUGAAGGUAAGAAUGUAAUUGUUGUUGGUGGUGGAGAUACAGGGUGUGAUUGUAUUGGAACAUCGGUUCGUAUGGGAGCUAAAAGUGUCAUCUCAUUUGAGAUUCUUCCCCAACCACCUGAUUCUCGUGGUGGUGAUAAUCCAUGGCCAACAUGGCCUCGAAUUUUCCGUGUUGAGUAUGGCCAUGAAGAGGUGCGACUUAGAACUGAUAAAGAUCCUCGAUUAUAUCAAAUCUCAAGUAAAGAAUUUCUUGACGAUGGUGCAGGAAAUGUUAAAGGUAUUCGAGCGGUUUCCAUUGAAUGGGUUAAAGAUGAUAAGGGUGCCUGGAAAAUGGCCGAAGUUCCUGGAUCAGAACAAAUUUUCGAAGCUGAUUUGGUUCUAUUGGCAAUGGGUUUCCUUGGUCCAGAAUCUUAUCUCAUUGAACAAGCUAAACUCGAGAAAGAUGGUCGAUCAAAUAUUGUCACCAAACCGGAAGGAUAUCAAACCAAAGUUCUGGACAAAGUAUUUGCUUGUGGUGACUGUCGUCGUGGACAAUCAUUAGUGGUUCAUGCAAUCAACGAGGGGCGACAAGCAGCAAGGGAAAUGGAUGCAUAUCUGAAUGGUGGACAUUCUGGACUUCCGGGUCCAGGAGGAAUUGUACCAUUCACUCCCUAUGUAGCCAAUAUUCAAGUUUAACCGGAAACGGAACAAAAAGCGUGGCAACAUCAACUCGUUAAAACACACACACACACAAAUGAUUCCAACAAUUAAUAACUGUAUCUAAUUAUUGUAAAUAAUUUUGGCAGCCUACUCAAACUUUCUCAUGUUUAACAUUCUAUAUUUUAACUUAUAUUUCGUUGAUGAAAUGAUGAUUACAGACGAAAAUGACUCUAGAGAGUUUGUCUUGUAACGAAAUCGAUUUUCAUUUUCUUCCUCCAUCCUCUCAAUCUUCAUCUUCCUCUUUUCCCUCCUCUCUCUCUCUCUCUCUCUCUACUCUUUUGUUUUUAAACAAUCAAUGAGCUCUUUAGCCAAAGUAUAUAAGGUUUAUACUUUUGUUUUUGUAAUCAGAGUUUUAGUGAAGCCAUUUUCCAUUAUUCAUUUAUCUCUUGUUAUAAUAAUGAUGAAAAAUCUUCUUCCCACUCAUCCAUCUCUCUCCCUUUUCGAAUCUUCUCAAUCCCCUGUAACCUUUGCAACGAGAUGAUGAUUUGUCUUUCUUUUUCUAGAUUCGAAAAAAACAGAAGUUAAGCCAAGAGAAUUUACUUUAUAUGUAAAAGACUCACCAAAGAGGAAAAGAGAAUCAAAGAAACACUAAAAACCAAAUUAUCUUUAAUUUGGUGGUAACUAGUGACAAUUAACGACAAAAUCAAAAAAAAAAUUAAUCUUAAUCAUGAUCAAGUUUGAUGUUUAAUCCUGUUUCCAAAUUAAUCGUUAAUCAAUCUCUUUGCUGAACAUGAUCGAAGCUCCUAUUUGCCAAUCCAAUCGAGAUGAUGAUGGCAUCAUUAACUUAAUACAAUUUACUUAAUUCGUUUGCUACAAUUGAUUAAAUGUCCAACGAUGAUGAUGAUUAAUUCAACGAUUUAUCAACUUAGAUGACGUUUUACCAAGAGAGAGAAUCAUUUUUGCAGUUAAAUCCAAAUCAACUAUUAUAUUAAUUACUUAAAACAAAAUGUAAACAAUCAACAACAAAAAAAAUGAUAUGAAAAACCAUAGAUUUAAUUUAAUGUUUCAAUAGAAGAUGAUGUUCAAUGGUGAUUAAGUUGUUCCUGAUUAUAAUUAUGAUGAUUAAUUAAUUGUAUCAAAAGACUACGGAAACAAAGACAAUCGACAACAAGUCCCAGUAAUAAUAGUUAAUAGUAAUAAUUGAAUUGAAAACUUUUGAUAAUCAAUUAACUGAUGAUCAUAAUUAGUCAGGACAAUUGAGAAAAACAAAACUUUCAUUAACCAUUUUAAUCAUCAGCAAUUGAUUGUGAAUAUUUUUGGGUGAUUAACUAAAGAAAAACUUACAAUUUAUGUGAUUAUAUACUCUUGUCUGAUUGUAAUGAUUAAAUGAACGUUUAAAUUGAAA